ACGCUACCAAAACCACCAGCAAUUAUUUUUAUUAUCGACGUCUCCUACAACACAAUGAAAUCAGGCUUAGUGAAGCUACUCUGUGCUCAAAUGAAAAAAAUCAUUCGCAAUUUACCAGUGGAUGCAGGCCAAACCAAAUCCAAUAUGAAAGUUGGAUUCAUCACGUACAGCAACACAGUGCAAUUUUACAACAUCAAAUCAAGUCUUGCCCAGCCACAAAUGAUGGUCGUUGGCGAUGUGCACGAUGUAUUUAUGCCUCUUCUCGAUGGUUUUCUCUGCGAUCCGGAAGAAAGUGAAGCUAUGAUCGAUAGUCUUAUGACUCAUAUUCCAAUAGCGUAUGCGGAAACUCGAGAAACGGAAAUUAUUCUUGCACCGGCUAUACAAGCUGGCUUGGAAGCCUUAAAAGCAUCUGAGUGCAGUGGCAAGCUAAUGGUAUUCCAUUCGUCGUUGCCAAUUGCUGAUGCUCCAGGAAAACUUAAAAACCGGGAUGACCGAAAGCUUUUAGGAACAGACAAGGAAAAAACCGUCAUUGCUCCGCAAACUAACUUUUACAAUAAUCUUGGUCAAGAUUGCGUAGAAGCUGGCUGUAGCGUUGAUUUAUUUGUCUUCAACAAUUCGUACAUCGAUAUUGCAACCAUUGGCCAAGUUUGUAGGCUAACUGGUGGUGAAGUGUACAAAUAUACAUACUUCCAGGCCAAUUUCGAUGAAGAGAGACUGAUCACAGAUAUUAUAAAUAACAUAAGUAGACCCAUUGCAUUUGACGCAGUUAUGAGAGUUCGAACAUCUACAGGUGUCAGGCCAACCGAUUUUUAUGGACAUUUUUACAUGUCAAAUACAACCGAUCUAGAACUAGCUAGUAUAGAUUGUGAUAAAGCUCUUGCACUGGAAAUCAAACAUGACGACAAAUUGGCGGAAGAUGAAGGUGUGUAUAUUCAAGCUGCAUUGCUGUAUACAUCCUGCAGUGGAAUCCGAAGAUUACGGAUAAUCAACUUGAGUCUAAAGACCUCAUCACAGAUGGCCGAACUUUACAGAUCUUGUGAUUUAGAUGCCAUUAUUAAUUACCUUUCCAAACAAAGUGUAUUCAAAUUGGUUGANAGGUGCUACACGAAAAAAAAUUGCAUCUACUGUAACAGAUGUACAAGAACGCAUUAA